AUGCCUGAUAUACUUCAAUUGAUUAUAAAUCAAUCUUCACCAGAUAAUAAUGUUAGAAGAAGUUCAGAAUUAGAAUUUAAUCAAGUAGUUAAAUCAAAUCCAUCAGAAUCUUUUUAUUUAAUAUUAGAAGCUUCAAUUAAUAAUUCACUUCCAAUUGAUUUACGUCAAUCAUGUCUUUUAAAUUUAAAAAGGUUAGUUCCACAAUUUUGGUCAUUAGGAUUUAAUUCUUUUAUUGGACCACCAAUUACACAAGAUCUCAAAAAUCUAGUAAGAUCUAAACUUUUACAAUUAACUAUUACAACUGAUAAUUCAAAAUUAAGAAAUAGUGCUGCAUAUGCUAUUGUACAAAUUGCAUCAGUAGAUUAUCCUGAUGAAUGGCCAGAAUUAAUGAAUGUAUUAUAUCAAUCAACAACAGAUUUUAGUAAUGUAAAUUCAAUGUUGGGAGGUUUACAAGUAUUAACUGAUUUAUUUGAUGAUUUAAUAACAGAAGAACAAUUUUGGGAAGGAGGAGUUGGAAUACAAGUUUGUAAUCAUUUAGAUUUAAUUUUUAAAAAUGUUAAUAUUGAAAUAUCUGUGAAAAAUCAAGCUUUAAAAUUAUAUGAAAAUGUUUUAGCGAUUCUUCGAAGUCCUGAAGCAUUUGAAAAUUCCAAGAGGAAACAAUUUACAAUUUCACAAAUAAAUAUUACAUUAGAAGCAUUUAUUAAUUUAAUAUCAAUUACUGGAAACAAUUUAAUUGAAUUACAAUUUAAAAGUAAUUUAUUCAAAGUCAUAUCAUUAAUUAUUGGACAGUUUCAUCACCGUAUACCUCGAGAUGUCAAACUAAGCGUUUUAAAAUUAACCCUAGAAACUUUACACUUGUUAUCACCUAUUUACAACGACAUAGCAUUAGAUACUUAUCAAGCACCAUUAUAUUCAGAAUUAGAAGCUCUUUCAGUUGUUGGAGAGUUGAUUUAUUACAUAUUCCAUACAAUUGCUAGCAUACAAUCUGAUAUUCCUAUAGCAGAAAUAAUACCCAUUCCACAAUUCCUUAAUGAUUCUGUUAUAUGUACAGCAUUAGCUAAAACAAAAGUUGAAGAAUAUGAAAAUGAUAUUAAUGUAUAUGUGAGUGAAAUUACAGGUUUAUCUGUUGAUUUAAAUCCAAGAGAUGCCAUUCUUGAUUUAUGGGGAGAAUUAAAUGAAGCAGAUGUUAGAAUGAGUUGUAAUGCAUUAAUUGAUCUGUUUGAUGAAAAUGAUAAAAGAAUAUUGGAAGCUCAAUUAUUUACAUUACAAGGAAUUUUAUCAAAUGAUUGUCAAUUACCAGAAGUUCCUUUAAAAAAAUUACUUUCAUUUAUUACAUAUGAAUAUAAUUUAGUAACUUCAGAUUGUUUUUUAUUAUUACCUAAAUAUUUUGAAAAUUUUAUGGAAAAAGAAGCAAUUAAUGUAUUUAAUGAUAUGUUAAAAUUUGCAGAAAAAAGUAAUGACGCAAUUAUAAAAAUAUCAACGUUAGUAAGUUGUACUUAUUAUCAACAUGUUUUUGAAUUUUCAAGUCUAAAUAAAGAAGCUCAAUUAAUUUUAAUAAAAAUAGCGGAGUCUUUAAUUGAUGAAUGUGAAGAUGAUGGGUUACCCACUUUAUUAGAAGCAAUAACUCAAGCCAUUUCAAUUAAUCCUGCCAAUGCAGCUACUCUCAAAAUAAAUCCAAAUGUCAGUGUUAUCGAUCUAAUCUUCAUUAUUGCAUUCAAAGAUCCAGCAAAUGUUCAACUAAUAUCUGAAGCUUCAGAAUCAUUAUCAACUUUAUUAAAAAAUAUUAAUAUGUCUGAAUAUAUGAAAGCUUGUGAAGAUUCAUUACCAUUUAUUUUUGAAAGAAUGCAAGAAAGUAAUGGAGAAUAUACUCCACAAUUAUAUUUAAGUUUAGAACUAUUAAGUAUAAUUAUUCAAUCAGCUCCUGGGGAUGAUUUACCUUCACAAGUAUUUGAAUAUGCAUUUCCAAUUUUAAAAAAUAUAUUAUUAAUUUCUAAUGAUAAUCAAAUUUUACAAAGUGGAGGAGAAGUUUUUAAUGAAUUAAUUCAAAAAGGAAGUAAAUUAUUCUUGGAAUAUCAAAAUCCAACAACAAAAGAAUCAGGAAUUGAAUCAAUGAUGCAAAUCGUUAAUAAAUUUUUAUCACCUGAAUUAAGUGAUAGUGCAGCAAAUAAAUGUGGUAUUAUAGUUUUAUCAUUAAUUAAUAAAUUUCAAGAUUAUUUAUCACCUGAAAUUUUAACAAGAUUAUUAGAAGCAACUGUAAAUAGAUUAAUUAUAUCAAAAGAAUCAACAACUAUUGAAAAUUUAAUUAUGGUAUUUUGUCAAUUAGUUUUAAAAUCUCCAAAGGAAACAAUAAAUUUUUUAGCUCAAAUUACAAUUAAUAAUAAAUCAGGUUUACAAACUAUAUUACCAAUUUGGUUUGAUUCAUAUGAAGUUACUCGUGGAUUUGAACAAAUUAAACAAAAUUCAUUAGCUUUAGGUCAAAUUUUUUCUUUAGGUGAUCCAAGAAUUGAAAAUUUAAUAGUUAAUGGAGAAAUUAUUCCAUAUGAAGGUGAAAAAAUUAUAACAAGAUCAAUGGCUAAAACCAUGCCUGAUAAAUAUACUCAAAUAUCUGCAUCAUUAAAAAUUUUAAAAUUAUUAGUUGGUGAAUUACAAUUUCAAUGUCAACAACCAAAUGCAGGAGAUUAUUUACCAGAAGAAGAAGAUGAAGAUGAAGAAGAUGAAACACAUCCAAAAGCAAUUCAAGAAAAUGACAAUUUGAACGAAGAUGACGAUGAAGGUUGGGAAGAUAUGGAAGAUAUUGGAGUCCCCAAUUUUGCAAAAUUAAAGUCAUAUGUUGAAGAUAAUGAAAAAGAUUUAGGUGGAGAUAAUAGUUUAAAAAAUUUAUUAAUUGAAUUUUUUAAAGAAUGUACUUCUAAAAAUUUAGGAAAUUUUGGUAUUUAUUAUGAAGAAUUAAAUGAAAAUGAAAAACGAUUGAUUAGUGAAUGUUUAAUUUUUUAG